AUGGACUCUCCGACGAAGAAUCAAUCCAUUACCAACGCCGCUCCGGCUAGGGCGGUUGCUGUCAAGGAUGCUACUGAUAUCGAACCUGGCAAUGACAACCUCGAUCCGAGCUCGCACACCCAUGCCAUCGAUGAUGUUUUUGCGGAUAGCCAGGUCAAGUUGCGUCGAGGCCUUCACGGGAGAAGUAUCACGAUAAUGGGGCUCGCGGGAGCUAUCGGUACAGGUCUUUUCCUUGGCAGCGGUAAAGCGGUCACCAAUGGUGGCGCCGUUGGUGCCGUCUUGGGUUACACUGUUAUGGGCGUGGCUAUCGGGUGUAUGAUGAUGUGCUUAGGCGAAAUGACGGUCUUCAGGCCUCAUGCCGGUAGCAUUGUUUCCUUCGCUGGCGAUUUCGUUGACGACUCCUUCGCGUUCGCUUUCGGAUGGACAUAUUACCUCUUUCCAGCAAUUAUCCCGGCCGUGGAGCUUGUUGCUGCUGCAAUAUUGAUUCAGUAUUGGGAUACAAACUCUGAUCACAUGGCCAUAUAUCUCGUUGUGAUGAUGGGUGGUGUCAUGGCAUGUAACAUGCUUGGCUCGAGGUGGUUUGGAGAACUUGAAGCCGGAUUUGGUAUUUUGAAGGUUACAGCAAUUGUUGGACUCAUUAUUCUCGGACUUGUUAUCGAUCUUGGAGGGGCACCCAACAAAGAUCGGCUCGGAUUCAGAUAUUGGAAAGAGUAUCCAUUCAACGAUGACUAUUUGGAUAUUUCGAACAAAACAACCGCUCGCUUCUUGGGAUUCUGGGCCGUACUCACUCAAGCCGCAUUUUCAUACGGCGGAGUCGAACUCAUUGCCUUGGCGGCCGGUGAGGCCCAAAACCCGAGAGUCGCUAUGGCUAGCGUUUAUAGACGCAUGUUUUUGCGUAUCGGCCUCCUUUACGUGGUGUCUAUGUGGAUUAUUUCUAUGUGUGUUCCACGAAACGACCCGAAUCUUCUUGCCGAGCUUGCAUCAGGGAAGACAUCUGUCGCCGAAUCUCCUUUUGUGAUCAUGAUCAACCGUGCUGGAAUCUCGGUGCUUCCACACAUAAUCAAUGCCGUUGUACUUACGUCUGCGUUCUCUGCGGGAAACUUCAGCUUUUUCAUGGGCUCACGAAUGCUUGUUGCUCUCGGUCGUCAAGGCUACGGCCCCAAGGCUCUAACCAGAGUGACCAAAAACGGCGUCCCCAUCUAUGGGUUUGUGAUCCAGUCCGUCUUUCUUUGCCUUUCUUUCUUAGCACUUUCGAAUGGCCCCAACAAAGCAUUCAACUGGCUAUCCAACCUUACAACUCUCUGCAACAUGAUUUGUUGGACUUGCGUAUGCGUCUGCUUCAUACGGUUUCAUAAGGCGUGCGUGGCUCAAGGAGUCGAUCGCAAAAGCUUUGUCUUCAGAAGUUAUUUCCAACCAUAUCUUGCAUGGGCAACAAUGAUCUUCAUCGGGAUUGUGAUGUUCUUCAACGGUUUCGCAACUUUCAUCGGAGAGGAGUUUGAUUAUCAAAACUUCAUCGUUGCAUAUAUAACUUUGGUUAUAUUUGCCAUCCUCUACGUCGGAUAUAGGCUUAUACGACGGACGAAACUGAUUCCUAUUAUGGCGAUUGACUUGUCCUACUAG